AUGGCACAAAACGACACGGACGAUGCGCGGGGUGUUUCCACCGCCGUAGACUUGGAAAUGACCAUGACGAACGAGAAUCCUAAAUUGGUGAAACAUGCGCCCGAUGCAGAUGAGGCUAUGAAGGCAUUGGAGGAGAUGCAAGGUGAAUCCAUUGAAUUAGACGAAGCGACAAACCGCCGCCUUGUGCGUACGAUUGAUUGGCAUAUCAUGCCCAUUAUGUGUUUCGUCUAUGCGAUGAACUUUCUCGAUAAAACCACAUUGUCUUACGCCAGUAUCAUGGGCCUCAAAGAGGAUCUCCAUCUGAUCGAUGAUCAAUACCAAUGGCUUGGUAGCGUGUUCUAUUUCGGCUAUCUUGCCUGGGAAUAUCCAACAAACCGCCUCCUACAACGACUCCCCUUAGGAAAAUACUCCGCAGCAUGCAUAAUAAUCUGGGGUUUAAUCCUGAGCUGCUUCGCCGCAGCAAAGAACUACCCAGGCGCAAUCGCCAUCCGCUUCUUCCUAGGUGUAUUCGAAGCAGCCGUCACACCAGGCUUCGCACUCCUCACAUCCCAGUGGUACACCCGCACAGAACAAGGAAAAAGAGUCAACAUCUGGUACAGCUUCAACGGCUGGGGCCAAAUAAUAGGCGGACUGGUAGCCUACGGAAUAGCAGAAGGGUCGCGAAAGCACGGGUCAUUGAUAGCGCCCUGGAAAAUCGUCUUCCUCUUCACGGGCCUGCUAACAAUCGCGCUGGGCUGUAUUUUCCUCUGGAUCGUACCAGACAGCCAACUGAACGCGCGCUGGCUGAAGAAAGAAGAUCGCAUCCUGGCCAUCGCCCGCGUGCGCGUCAACCAGCAGGGAAUUGGAAAUAAGCAUUUCAAGUGGUACCAGGCGCGCGAGGCGCUGCUAGAUCCUAUGACUUGGGCAUUUUUUUUCUUUGCUCUUAUUGCUAACAUUCCGAAUGGGGGAAUUACGAACUUUUUCAGUCAGUUGAUCACGAGUUUCGGCUAUACGCCUGAACAGAGCCUCCUUUACGGCACGCCGGCAGGCGCAGUCGAAGUAGUCGCGCUAUUAGCAAACGGUUUCAUGGGCGACCGAACUGGCCAGCGAAUCCUGUGUAGUCUUGGUGGACUCUUGGCAGCAACUAUUGGCGUUGUGCUGAUUGUGGCACUGCCACUCGAGAACAAUAUCGGUCGCUUGAUCGGGUAUUACAUGACGCAGGCAUUCCCGACUUCAUUUGUUGCGCUGCUGUCCUUGAUUUCGUCGAAUGUGGCAGGGUAUACCAAGAAGACGACUGUUGCUGCGUUGUAUCUUAUUGGGUAUUGUGUUGGGAAUAUCAUCGGUCCAUUAACAUUCCGCCCUCAGGAUGCACCGCGCUACAUCCCCGCCGAGAUAAUCAUCAUCUGCUGCUGGGGCGUGUCAUUAAUGAUCCUGCUUUAUAUUUGGUGGUGGUAUAACAAGGAGAAUCGGCGCAAGGCCGCUAUCAUUUCUCGCGCUGAUUAUGUGCGAGUCGAGGGUCGCGAGUGGAUGGAUCUUACAGACCGCGAGAACCACGAUUUCGUUUAUACGCUGUAA